AAUCAGAUUCACCAUUCUGUGACUGUUCUGGACUGUUUUAUAAAGAUGAGGCCCUGGAGAAAGAGUUGAAUGUUUUGAAGAAGUGCAUGACAUAUACUGAGAAAAGAGCCCUCUUGGGGCAGCAGCGGAGCCUGCCAUGUAUUGCACCCCUGCUGACCACGGUGGAGGAGACACCACAUAUCAUCUCUGCUGCAGUCCAGGGAAAUAUCCCUCAGUGGCUCAACGGCUAUCUGCUUCGAGUUGGACCUGGGAAAUUUGAGUUUGGGAAGGAUAAGUAUAGUCACUGGUUUGAUGGAAUGGCUUUGCUUCACCAGUUCAGGAUAGAGAAGGGUACAGUUACCUAUAGGAGCAAGUUUCUACAGAGUGAUACAUAUAAGACCAAUAGUGCUCAGAAUCGAAUUGUAAUCUCAGAAUUUGGCACACUGGCUCUUCCUGACCCAUGCAAGAAUAUUUUUGAACGUUUCAUGUCAAAGUUUGAGAUGCCUGCUAUGACUGACAAUACCAAUGUCAACUAUGUGCAGUACAAGGGUGAUUACUACAUGAGCACUGAGACCAAUUUUAUGAACAAAGUGGACAUUGAAACUCUGGAAAAAACAGAAAAGGUAGAUUGGAAAAAAUUUAUUGCUGUAAAUGGAGCAACUGCACAUCCUCAUUAUGACCCAGAUGGAACAGUAUACAAUAUGGGAAACUCCUAUGGCCCACAAGGUUCCUAUUACAACAUUAUUCGGGUUCCUCCAGAGAAGGUGGACCUUGAGGAGACAAUCCACGGAGCCCGGGUGAUGUGUUCUAUUGCUUCUACAGAGAAAAUGAAGCCUUCUUAGUACCAUAGCUUUGGAAUGACAAGGAACUACGUAAUCUUCAUUGAACAGCCUCUCAAGAUGAAGCUGUGGAAAAUUAUCACUUCUAAAAUUCGAGGAAAGGCUUUUUCAGAUGGAAUAAGCUGGGAACCCCAGUAUAAUACACGGUUUCAUGUGGUGGAUAAACACACUGGACAGAUUCUUCCAGGGAUGUAUUACAGCAAGCCUUUUGUUUCUUUUCAUCAAAUCAAUGCUUUUGAGGACCAGGGCUGUAUUGUAAUUGAUUUAUGUUGUCAAGAUGAUGGAGGAAACCUAGAUAUUUACCAACUACAGAAUCUCAGAAAAGCUGGGGAAGGGCUUGAUCAGGUCUAUAACUCAGUAGCCAGAUCUUUUCCUCGAAGGUUUGUUUUGCCCUUAGAUUUCAGUGUGAAUGCUGUCGAGGGAGAGAACCUCAGUCCAUUGUCCUAUUCUUCAGCCAGUGCUGUGAAGCAGGCUGAUGGAAAGAUCUGGUGUGUCCAUGAAAAUUUACAUCAGGAAGACCUGGAGGAGGAAGGAGGUGUCGAAUUUCCCCAGAUCAACUAUGGCCAAUUCAGUGGCAAAAAGUAUUAUUUCUUUUAUGGUUGUGGUUUUCGGCAUUUGGUGGGGGAUUCUCUGAUCAAGAUUGAUGUGGUGAACAAGACACUGAAGGUUUGGAGAGAAGAUGGCUUUUAUCCUUCAGAACCUGUUUUUGUUCCAGUACCAGGAACAAAUGAAGAAGAUGGUGGGCUUAUUCUUUCUGUGGUGAUCACUGCCAACCAGAAUGACAGCAAUUUUCUUCUUGUAUUGGAUGCCAGGACCUUUGAAGAACUAGGCAGAGCAAUGGUACCUGUGCAAAUGCCAUAUGGAUUCCAUGGCACAUUUGUACCCAUGUGAUGAGACAACUACAGAUCUAGGAACUAGGUUUAAAAUAAGUGUGCCUAUGCAAAGGAAACCACCAACAGAGCUAAGAGACAACCUACAAUGUGGGAAAAAAUUUUUACCAGCUA